UAACGUGAAUAAACACAUCCUCUUCCUUUCCUUUCAUUUCUUUUGCUAUUCCACUUAACGUGAGCAACAAAAAAAAAUAGUUUGUAUUGUUUUAAAAUGGCUCUUCCUAUAACUGACGAUUAUGGAAAAACUCUCAAUGAUGCUUGGGAUUAUAAAGGUCAACUCGCUAAUCGGUCCAAAACUGGCGGGUGGAUCAGCUCCGCCAUGAUUUUAGGUGUUGAGACAUGUGAAAGGUUGAUAACUUUAGGGAUUGCCUUUAAUUUGGUGACAUAUUUGACGGGAGUAAUGCAUUUAGGCAGUGCUACUUCUGCUAAUACAGUCACCAAUUUCCUUGGUACAUCCUUCAUGCUCUGCCUCCUUGGUGGUUUUGUUGCGGAUACAUUUCUUGGCCGGUACUUGACCAUUGCAAUCUUUGCCACAGUUCAAGCACUGGGUGUGACAAUUUUAACCAUAUCUACGAUCGUUCCAAAUCUACGUCCACCACCAUGCGCGGAGAAUUCCACGACUUGUGUCCAAGCCAAUGGAACCCAACUCGGAGUGCUCCACUUAGCGCUUUACUUGACCGCGUUAGGAACAGGCGGUCUAAAAUCAAGUGUAUCCGGUUUUGGAUCAGAUCAAUUCGACGAUAAGGAUAAGGACGAAAGGGCAAUGAUGACAACGUUUUUCAAUUGGUUUUAUUUUAUCGUAAGCAUAGGGUCACUUGCUGCCGUGACAGUAUUAGUAUACAUAGAAGACAAUUUGGGAAGGCAAUGGGGUUACGGUAUAUGUGCUUGUGCAAUUGUGGUGUGCCUAAUUGUGUUCCUUAUCGGAACUAAACGGUACCGUUUCAAGAAACUAUCAGGUAGCCCACUUAGCCAAAUUGCUGCAGUUUUUAUCGCAGCUUGGAAAAAGAGAAAGAUGGAACUCCCUGCUGAUCCUUCCCAACUUUUUAAUGUUGAUGAUAUUGCUGAGACUAGUGUUAAAAAGAAGCAAAAGCUUCCUCAUAGCAAACAAUUCAGGUUUCUAGACAAGGCAGCCAUAAAAACAUCUGAAAUGGGAGAAGACAUAAAAUCAGUAAGCAAAUGGGAUUUAGCCACACUAACAGACGUAGAAGAGGUAAAAAUGAUAGUAAGAAUGCUCCCAAUUUGGGCAACAACCAUAGAAUUUUGGACCAUCCACGCCCAAAUGACAACAUUUUCCGUGUCACAAGCCGAAACAAUGGACCGUCACAUAGGGUCCAAAUUCCAAAUCCCACCCGCCUCAAUGACCGCUUUUCUUAUAGCAAGUAUCCUCCUUACCGUCCCAAUCUACGACCGUCUCGUCGCACCCUUAGCUGCCCGUCUAUUCAAAAACCCACAAGGACUCACCCCACUACGACGUGUAGGCGUCGGCCUAUUUUUUGCCACCAUUGCCAUGGUGGUGGCCGCUCUUACGGAAAUCAAACGAUUGCGCGUGGCGGAAGCGCAUAAUUUAGUCCAAAACAAACAUGCCGUUCUUCCAAUGAGUGUGUUUUGGUUGAUUCCACAAUUUAUUUUAACGGGUGCGGGUGAAGCUAUGAUUUAUGCGGGACAAUUAGACUUUUUCUUAAGGGAAUGUCCUAAAGGAAUGAAGACUAUGAGUACAGGGUUGUUUUUAAGUACACUUUCUCUAGGGUUUUUCUUAAGUACAUUGGUUGUUUCUAUAGUUAAUUCCUUAACUGCACACUCACAUCCUUGGUUAGCGGAUAAUCUAAAUGAAGGACGGCUCUAUAAUUUCUAUUGGCUUUUGGGGAUUAUAAGUCUCGUUAAUUUUGUCGCGUUUGUGUUUUGUGCUAAGUGGUAUGUGUACAAGGAGAAAUGGCUUGCUGCUGAAGGGUUUGAAGUAGAAAUGGAUGAAACACCGGGACCAAGUUGUCAUUAAGAGAGAUGAAUUUUAGAUCAUUUUGGUGAUCAUGAUAUUGUGAAUGUUUUUUUUUUUUUUUUUAAUUUAACUCUUUCUAUAUUUGGAAAGGAAUGAUAAACUUGGGAAUGAUGGUGUAACAUACAUAAGAAAAUAGGAUUACUAAUUUUGUUCAUGGCCAAAAUACAUUGCUCAUGAUAGCUCGCAAGAGUGGCUUUAAUAAGGGGCCUUUUUGUAUCAUACACAAAUAUUUCAACAUAUAUACAACUCCUUUUCUUUGUCUUGCUUAAUUACUA